AGAGGCACUGCAAGUAAAUUUUGGGGCUGAGGGUGUGUCGUGCAAAAAUUUCACAGCAAAAAUGCCCCAAUUUUCCGCCUAGCUGGUGCCCGGAGAAUGUCCAGUGGAGGCUCAGUGUGUGCUUAAGCAGGUGUACAAGUGAAUAAAAGUGCCCAAGGACUGGCUGCCCAGCGGAUAUCUCUCAAAUUUGUCUUCCCGUUUUGCAUUGAGUCAUGGGGCUGCUGUCUGAGCCCGUCGACACUACCAGUCACUAUGAGGCGCCCCUUAUUGCCAAAUUGCUCCACAAACUGCCCCACUACAACAUCACCUUCCAUCGCAUUGCUAACACAACGUUCCGGCCAACAGACGCCGUCUAUUUGGAGAGUCUCGGGAUUCUGGGCUCAGUUCCGGCUGCUCUGUUGAUUGUGUCUCUGUUCGGACUCCUGCUCUACCUCAUGACACGUUGCUGUGACCGGAAACCGCGUCCGGCUCAUUCCAUCAAAAGCCUCAAAAUUACAUUGUCCAUUGUGACAGUUCUCUGCUGCGCAGCCAUCGGAUUGGGGCUCUAUGGGAAUGAUGAUCUGCACAAUGGACUCCUGGAAGUUCUCACAGCCGGCCGGAAGGUGGACAAUCUCGUGUCUUCCGUGAGGAAUCAGACUCACAUUCUGGAGAAUACACUGGCUAUGAAGAUUCGACCACAAUUGGUGGAAUUGGCAGAUAUAUUUGAUCAGCCAGCUUCCAAUCAGACUGCUCUGUCACAGUUAAUCUUGGCUCUCAAUGUUGUUCAGGGCAAUGUUACAAUUGCCAUUAAUGCUGCCGGAGAUAUUCGUCGUCCUUUAAUGGGCAUCGUUAUGUCUAAUUUUCUCAAUACUGGGGAUCAGUGGGAGUUGAUUCGAUGGCCAGGAACUGUGGCUAUCCUAGCACUCUUACUGGUGCUCUGUGCUGUGCUCUUGGUUGGAGUUGCCAGGCAUUCUCGUUGUGCUCUGAUUCUGUUCAGUGUUUGCGGAUUGUUAGCAGUGACUGGAUCCUGGCUCAUGUCAGGACUCUAUCUGUCCAGUUCUGUGGCAGUUGGGGAUUUGUGCAUUGAUCCAGCUGAGUAUUUGGCCUCAGAGGCACCAAGUGAGAUGCCAACGGAUGUUUUGCUCUACUAUACACAGUGUGAGAGUGUUCGCUCAAAUCCCUUCACACAGAGACUGCGAGAAUCCCAAAAUGCCAUAAAUAAUGCACGAACAGCUAUGUCUACAGUGUCCAAAGUUUCUUUGGUCCUGUUUAAGUCAGCGGGGCUUCAGCCGAAGUUGGGAGCUGUCUCGGCUGAUCUGAAUUUGAGUGAACGUCUCCUCACGCAACUCACAGCUUUGGUGGAUUGCAAAGCCAUUCAUUUUAACUACUUAACGGCAGCUCGUGGACUGUGCGAGGGUGGUCUCUUGGGGUUGGUUCUCAUGCUCAUUGCCAGUUUUAUUGCUGCCAUUCUGCUCACUGUGAUGGUCUGGGUGGACUCUCACACUUGGAUCUACAUACGGAAACGAAAUGACUACUCUCAGGUGGAGGAACCAUCCUACAUUUCUCAUCAGCCACCGCAGAAUCAUCAAACUAUGGCCAGAACAUUGCCUCGGAAUCACAAUGGACCACCGGCCAUCAGUGGAUCACAUACAUUGGCACAUGCUGGUCGGAAGCAUCAUGAGAUGAUGGUGCACCAACAUGUGCAUCCACAUCAUGGACAAAUGCGAUCUAUGGGUACUCAUACUUUGGGUCGGCUACCAUCGCACAAUCACAGUCCAGGACAUAAUAUGCCGGGUCCCAAUAAUGGGAAGUACGCUACGCUCAGUAAGCAGUGUAAAACGCUGGAGGCGAAUGAUUUUUACUGAAAUUCAGCCGCCUGUGGCGACCCGCACGGCAACUCGUCUCAUGCCCAUCAUCAUCAUCAUCACUAUUCUGAUGGGCACCAGGUGCAGAUACAGCAUCAUCCGCCACAUCAACCACUAGCUGUGGGCUCCGUGGCCACCAUGCGACGUCCUGUGGCCAGAGAGGAUGCCAUUCCUAGUUCUAGUGUCGUGGAUAGUGCCCUGUUUGAGCGGGAUAAGCAGAUAUACAGGUGCUCAACAAUGCGCCAAGGAGGGAGGUUCGAUCAGAAAACUGGAGGGCCAAUGAAACCGGCUAUUCUCAAUUGUCCCCUCCCGGAGAUCCCGAAGAAGACCGAUGAACAGGUGCUCUCUGCUGAGGAACUUAAAGUCUCCACAGCACGCAAUCCACAACGAACGCUGAAACUGCCACCAAAUGCCAAGGCCAUUCCGCCUCCUAAGAUUCUCUCUCCUUUGCCGAGUGAUCUCAGUGGAGGCACAGCCAAGGCUCCACUACCAGUUGCCACGGAGGCUGAGAAGGGCAAUGUGACCAAGUCACCAGCUGUGGCUCAUCCACCAGCCACAACGCCAACCUCCAUCAAUCCCAAUGACGAGUCAAACUACGCCGUGACUGAGCUGUAAUAGUUGCUACAGGCCACCCAUUAUUUCCAUUUUCAUUCUCCAACGUUGUAAGUAUCAUAACUCCCCAAUUGUGAAGUCAUGUGUUCUCACCCUUUUUGUGUGCAACAUAUUUUAAGAGAGAUUUUAUUGGAAAAAAAUA